AUGUCGCCGCCUUCUGUUCUCAUCAUUGGUGGAGGUGCUUUCGGCACUUCCACUGCUUACCAUCUCUCUCACCGAGGUUAUUCCAAUGUGACUGUUCUUGAUCGCUUUGCAGCACCAUCCAAGGAUGCAGCGGCCACAGACUUGAACAAGAUUAUUCGACAUGAUUAUCCAAAUCCUUUAUAUACAAGACUUGGAAGAGAAGCGAUGACUGUGUGGAAAGACCAGGAUUCAAUUUUUCGGGGGAUGUUUAGAGGAACUGGGUGGAUCAUGUCUGCACACGAAAUGACCAAGAAUUUUCUGAAGGCCGCGUACGAAUCUGCGACCAAGGGAGAUAACGAAUCUGCACAAUGGAUGAGCAUCGCGGAAACGAAAGAGAAGUGGCCUGAGUUUACUGGUUCUUUUGACGGCUGGUUGAACCUUUGGAGUCCGCAAGCUGGAUGGGUUCCCUCCGGACAAGCUCUUCUUCGGUUUUCUCAAGCAGCUCAGUCCAAUGGAGUUAGAUAUGUCUCGGGAGACGCGGGAUUUGUCAAGCGGCUUCUUUACAAUGAAGAUGGCGCUUGCAUUGGUGCAUUAGCGGCCAAUGGACAGGUACACCUGGCUGAUGUGGUCGUCAUCUGUACAGGUGCAAAUACGGCGACGCUCAUUGAUGCGAAAGAUGAAAUAAUCGCUCGGUCGCAUUGUGUGGGGAUAAUUCAAUUAACCCCGGAGGAAGUGAUCAAGUACAAGAAUUUGCCCAUCGUGGAUGAUUUCGAGCAAGGUAUUCUGUUUCCUCCAGAUGAGAAUGGACUCCUCAAACUUUGUAGUUGCCGAUUUAUCACCAACUACUACAACUCCUUUAUCCCGGGCGCUUCUAUCGGCCAUUCGCAUGAAGACUAUCCAGAAGACGGUAUUCCUAGACAAAUCGAACAGGAAAUGAGAUCUUUCGUUCGUGACAUGAUUCCUGAGCUUGCGGACCGAGAGUGGGCCUCCACUCGCAUGUGCUGGGACGGAGAUACCAAGGAUGUCAACUUUCGCAUCUGCCCUUACCCUAAGGCUAAGAACCUAUACAUUGCCACAGCAGGCUCUGGUCACGGAUUCAAGUUUAUGCCGGUGAUUGGCAAAUAUGUCGUGGACAUGUUAGAAGGAAAACUGGACAAGGAGUAUACCGAUCUAUGGAAGUGGCGGUUUGGCGCAACUCCGCCAAAGACUGGCAAAGAGCCUCAUCCGUGGCCGCAGAGAGACUUGGGAGAGCUGGAUGGAUGGAAGGGUAGGAACAAAAAAGUCAUUCCAGGCAAACUAUAG